CAGCCAAAUGUGAAUUCCAAGCGCACUUGCCGUUCGGGUCGGCUGGCACGUGCGACGCGCGCUCCCUUUUGUCGAGCAAGAAGACGUGCACGAGCCUGAAGUGCUCACAGCUGUGCUCCGCUCCAAAGUGAAGACGACGCGCAAGAACAAGGUGACAAGAAAACAAAACGCACAAGAACAACAAAGUAGACGACUAGCCUUUUCUUCAACGACUUUCCUCGGUGAAGUUUCCUUUUCUGCUGGCGGCGCCCCUUUGCUCUUGAGGCUGUGGCAUGAGCCUAUGUGGCAGGAAGGCGCUGACGUUGCUGAGCAGCGUGUUCGCUGUUUGCGGCCUGGGCCUGUUGGGCAUCGCCGUAAGCACCGAUUACUGGCUCUACCUGGAGGAAGGUGUCAUCCUUCCACUCAACCAGAGCACCGAGAUACGCAUGUCCCUCCACUCUGGCCUCUGGAGGGUUUGUUUCCUGGCUGGGGAGGAGAAAGGUCGCUGUUUUACCAUUGAAUAUGUGAUGCCCACUAAAGUCCAGAUGACUUCAGAGUCCACUGUCAGUGUCCUGAAGAUGAUCCGUUCGGCCACACCUUUCCCACUGGUCAGCCUCUUCUUUAUGUUCAUUGGUUUUGUGCUCAGCAACAUUGGCCAUAUUCGACCACAUCGCACCAUCCUGGCCUUUGUUUCGGGAAUCUUCUUCAUCUUAUCAGGUCUGUCCCUGGUGGUUGGUCUGGUCUUGUACAUCUCAAACAUCAAUGAUGAAAUGUUGAAUAGGACCAAAAGCAACGAGGCCUACUUCAGCUAUAAGUACGGAUGGUCGUUUGCCUUUGCUGCCAUCUCUUUCCUCCUCACUGAGACGGCCGGCGUGAUGUCCGUGUACCUGUUUAUGAAGCGCUACACAGCGGAGGAGAUGUACCGGCCCCACCAGGGCUUCUACCGGCCUCGCCUCAGCAAUUGCUCCGAUUACUCGGGGCAGUUCCUCCAUCCGGAUGCUUGGGCUAGCCGCGGCCGCAGCCCCUCGUCCAUCUCCUCCGAGGCUUCUCUCCAGAUGAACUCCUCCAACUACCCCGCCCUCCUCAAGUGUCCUGAAUACGAACAGAUGUCCUCCUCGCCCUGCUGAAGCAAACAACCACCAGAGAAACUCAUACUGACGACAAAGGAAGAACCUGUGACACAGCAUCCUGCCUCCCUCAUCAUGACCACCUCUUCAAAGCUUAUUAACAGCUAUGUAUAGUAUUCACAUAGCUGCAAAAUACAAACACUUAAAGACAUGACAAAUUAUUACAAUUGUUUGGAUAUGGUAAAUGACUACUUAGGUGGUGCUACUUUUGGUAGCUGAUGCAGUGUCCUGUUCAGAAUCGGGUGAAGCAGCAGAAGUGCGACCCUCUGAGAAGGCACCGGAUGUUGAGACUGUCUCGCGGAGUGUUGCAUGUAUGGUGGUCGUCGCUGCAAAUGGAGGAGCGGAAGGUGGAGAAAGUGGAGCAGUUUUAUUGGGGUGUGUGAUUCCAUAAUCUUGCAACAUGUGAAUGUAAGAAAUCCAAAAAGGAGAAAAAAAACUGUUGAAUGAUGAUUUUACAGCAUCAAUUCGACUUGAAUUGUAAAUAUAAUAUUUUUGUAAUUUCUACCCUUAUGAUGAUACAAUAUUCCGGCCAGAAUAUUCCAAAAAGGCCUGUGCCAAGGAAGAUAUUUGAAACGGUUAAACGGACUGAAAAUCAACGUUUCAUGCAGCGUUAAGUGAGUAAACAUAUGACGGAGAAACAUGUUGCGAUCAUUUUACUUGAGUUCACUACAUUGCUCUUGUUUGAUGUUUAUGUUUACUGUUGUUUAAUGUGAACUCAUAUACUCCACUUGUCAACUAUUAAAAUGUUUUUUUUACAAAUAGUUUUAAUCUCAGAUGCAAGUAAAUUAUUCUCGAUUAUUUUUGUGCCGAAUCAGAAUCUGCCCUCAUUUUUUUUUCUCGCACAUCAUGGUUUCAUCAUAAUAAUACAACACUCGUAUAUGUUGUAAUAUAUCUGAUUUUGAAAAAGUAAGGUUCAGAAAUGGGUGGAAUUUUUUUUCUGAAACGUCACAGCUGAGUCAAACUUAAAAUACAAAAAAAAGGAAACUAUCUUAAAAAAAACAAUGUACUAAAAGACCAAUUUAAAAUCGGUGUCAAAAGUACCGGUACAUUUAAUAAUGGUAUUGAACAUAUGUGCAUCAACUAGUUUAUUCAGUAUUUGUCUAACAGGAUACAUAAACUAAAGGAACACAGAGUAUCCCUUUCAAACAUCUUUGUAUACUGUAUAGGCCAUUGUGAUUAUUCCAAACGUGUGUAUGUAAAUACAAACUCAUCAAUGUACAGUAUAUAGACUCAGUUUUGUAUGAAGAAGAGUUUAAAUAUACAUUUUAUUGAUGUUCUGUUCUUCAAUACAAUUAUCUGUGAUAUCUGCUGCUUUAUCUCUGUGUUGCAUUGAGAAUUUGAGACUUGGCAUCAUAAUAUUGCCAUGUAAAGUGUUCCCAUGGUUGUCACAUUGCAAAUGUGAAUACUGUAUUGUGUAUUUUUAUAGUAUGAUGUGAACCGUGACCCUCUACUGAGUGAAAUAAAGGGAUUUGUGAAACAAG